UCUUGAUACAGUAUGACUAGGACUUUUGUAGCUGCUCUUGCUCUGCUAGUAACCUUCCUAGUCUUGCAACCUCCUAUAGCUUUUGCUGCUACAAAGGGAAAGACGGUAACAGUUUUAAGCAUAGACGGAGGUGGCAUCAGAGGCAUUAUUCCUGGAACUAUUCUUGCUUUCCUUGAAUCUAAACUUCAGGAACUUGAUGGACCCAAUGCAAGAGUUGCAGACUACUUUGAUGUGGUAGCUGGAACGAGUACAGGUGGACUAGUAACCACAAUGCUCACAGCUCCAAACAAGGAGAAUCGCCCUUUAUAUGCCGCAAAAGACAUUACCAACUUCUACUUUGAGCACGGCCCUAAAAUCUUUAGUGGGAGCAGCAACAACUUGGUGAAGAGGCUCACAAAUUUAUUUGGGGGGCCAAAGUAUGAUGGCAAAUACCUGAGAUCCUUGGUUAGGUCGGAACUAGGCAAUCUUACUAUGAAUCAAACGUUGACUCAUACAGUUAUCCCAACUUUUGAUAUCAAGCGCCUUCAACCCAUCAUUUUCACGACGACUGAUGCAAGAGCAAGUAUGACUAAGAAUGCACGACUAUCGGACGUGUGUCUUGGUACCUCAGCGGCACCCACUUAUUUCCCUGCAUACUAUUUUGAGACAAAGAAUGCUCAAGGGGAAGUACAUACAUUUGAUCUAAUUGAUGGAGGUGUAGCUGCAAAUAAUCCAACUCUACUGGCAAUUACUCACAUUUCAAGAGAAAUCAUGACGAAAAGACUGCAAUAUGAGGAUAUGCAAACCGUAGACUGCAAGAAAAUGUUGGUUUUGUCACUUGGCACUGGCACAGGCAAGAACAAAGAGAAGUAUAAUGCUGCCAUGGCUUCAAGAUGGGGCGUACUUGGUUGGAUGUACAACAAUGGUUCCAGUCCAUUGCUAGAUAUUUAUAGUGAUGCAAGUGCGGAUAUGGUGGAUAUACAUGUUUCAACGUUGUUUCAGUCCCUUCACAGCCAGAAGAAUUACCUCAGAAUUCAGAACGAUAGUAUGAUCGGAGAGGCAGCAUCUACGGAUAUUUCAACCAUAAAAAACAUGCAGACACUAGUGCAGAUUGGUAAAAAUCUACUGAAGGAGCCUGUGUCAAGGGUCAACUUGGAGACGGGCCGCGUUGAAGCAGUUCAUGGGGAAGGCACAAAUGAAGAAGCUCUUACUCGCUUUGCUAAGUUGCUCUCAGAGGAAAGAAAGCUCCGACAAUUAGGGACGGCUCACUAAAAUUAGUGACACUAGGCUAAACUUUAAUAAGAGGUCUUAAGUUUAUUUUCAGUAAAACUAUUUUUAACUUUUUUAGAUGCAAAUUUCUUCUAAUUUCGUUGUCAUUUAAUUAUCUAGAUUGAGAACUUGUUCUUAUAGAACACUCUCCCGUGUAUUUUGAAUAGCUUUUUUCAGUAAUUUAAAUGGAGCUACUUAGAUAGUGAGGAUUCAUA